AUGAAACAUGAAUUACCUCUCUCAAUGGUUAUUCUAGAUUCUAAACUAGAAUAAAAUUAAAGACUAUUGUGUCAGGAAUGCAUUGAUAAUUUCGAAUCAGAGUAAAAAUUUAAGACAAUUGGAUUUAAAAAAAUUAUUUAGAAGAUUGAAGAUAAUAAAUAGUAAUAGUUAAAUAUUAUAGAAAAUCUAAUUAUAACUAAUAUCAAAUAAGUUGAAUCAUUCUAAAUUCAAAUCAAUAAUUUAAAAUCUAUGGUUCUUUAGUAAUUAGAUCAAUUAAUUAAUAACACUAAAGAUUGGAUAUUAAAUUUAAAAUAAACAGGAUCUAAAUACUCAGAGUAUAGUUUCUUCAAUGAAUUAGAUUUAAUAAUAAUGAAUUAAUAAAAUAAUAAAGAUGACUAAAUUACUUGUUAGAAUCAAAUUGAAAUACUUAAUCAAAGUUAAAUUACAAAGAUUAAUUCUAAAUUAGAACAAUUCAAAUCAUUUCAAGAAUAUCAAUAAUUAAAGAAUAUAUUGAACGAACUAAAUUAAUAAACAUCAAAUACGUAUAUAAUUAAAUAACAAUAACAAUUAAGUCCAAAUCAACUAGUAUUUAUUGAUGAUACAAUUGAAUAAGAAGAAACUUGUUAUGCAAUUGUAUUUGAUUCAACAGGAAAGAUUAUGGUUUCAACUUGUGGAAGCUAAAUUAUAAUUUGGAAUUUCAAUAAUGGAAAAAUUUAAAAAGUUCAAUCACUUUCAGAACAUGAAAAGUUUGUUAAUUGCCUAAUAUAUAGUUAAAUUAUAAAUUUUUUUAUUUCUGGAUCAGAAGAUGGAUCAAUUAUAUUAUGGAGAUAAUAGAAUAACAAUCAAUGGUAAAGUUCCAAACCAUAAUGUAAACAUAAGGAAGGGAUCUUAUGUUUAAUCUUAACAUAAAAUGAAGAUUAAAUAAUUUCAGGUAGUAAAGAUUGCAUGAUAUAUGUAUGGAGUAUAGAUUUUAUUAAUAAUCAAUUAACAUUUCUCUAUUCAUUAUCAAAACAUACUAGUUAUGUCAAUUCAUUAAGUUUAAAUUUAUCAGAAAGAUUAUUAGUUUCAUGUGGAUCUGAUAAAUAAAUUAUAAUUUGGUAAAAAGAUUCAUAUAAUGAAUGGGCUUUUUAGUAAGUUGUUAAAUAAUCAAUAAAAGGUAUUGGGACUCAUGUUAAAUUUUUAAACGAAGAUUAAUUCAUAUAUAAAUCGAAUAUUUUAUUAGUAUUUUAACAAAAAAAUGGUAAAUUUCAAGAAAUAGUAGAGAAGGAAGUUAAAUUAUAAAAUAAUAAUUAAAUAUUUCUAAAUUUACCGUUCUUCCCAAUCAUAUACAUAACGGAUAAAAAAUUAAUAUGCUUAAGACAUCAAGAACAUGUUAUAUUACUCAAAGAGCAAAAUGAUGGAUAAUUAUAAAUUGUUUAGGUAUUAGAUUGCCAAUGUUUGAGCUUUUAUGGAACAUUAACAAACAAUGGAUAAUAUUUCAUAUGUUGGAAUUAUAAAAAGACGAAAUAUGAGAUAUAUGAAUUUUAGGAGAAAUGA